AUGACUGAUACCUCAGCUGAAGCACUUGCAGCACUGCAGGAGCUGGAUAAGGAGGGUGACCUGAAAAAGCGACUUGCUAUUGUUCGCAUCAGUGAGCCGAUUUCCUUGGAUGGUGGGCACUCUGGCCCGUCGCCUUCGAAGCGGAGGUCGGAUGUUUCAGUCUUUGAAGAUCCGACACCUGCAUCACUAGAGGCUGAUCUUUCACAUUAUAAGGAACUAUUCUCUAAGCUGCGAUUCUCUUACCUCGAGCAAGUAACGAAAGAAAAGUUCUUGCGCGCCAUCGUAGGCGAUCCACCGGUGAUUGUCGGACAUAAUGAGAACACGGAAUUGGAGACACAACUGGCAGAUGUGAAAGCUGAACUUAAGGCACGGAAAGAAGAUGCGCGCAUAAUGAUUGAGGAAAUGGAAGCAAUGGGCCGUGACUUGGCGAGCCGCUACAAGAAUGUGGAGCUUCAAACGAUACAGCUCUCAACAUUACCUGCUUCAAUUGAGAAUCUCGAGUCUACCAUCGCCGGGCUCCGCGCAAAGCAGGUCGCGAACAUGGACCCCUCCGACCCCAACAGCAGCUCUUCGUCUCAAAAUCUUCCUCUCCCUGCUACAUUGUCGCUGUUAGCCGAACGGGAGGCAGAGCUAGCAUCGCUGAACCGUCAGCUCGCUGCUGUGCAGAACACUCUCCCGCGAAAAACUCGAGAGGCCGAGGUCAUGGAGAGAGAGAGUAGCGUCCUAGAGCGACGGAAGGAGGAAGCUAUAAUGCAAGCCCGUGAAGCACAACGGAAGAAGCAACAAGGUGAAAGCGAUGGGCUAGAGGAGAUGGGACGGUGGUACAGAGGAGCGGAAAUGACCUUGAAGGAACUAGUUGGGACCGAGGCAUAG